CGGCAGAACACCAGCACCACAUCAACAUCGCAUCACCAACCCCAACCCCGAAAAGCACAACACACAACAACCAUCACCCGCCAUGUCAACCACCACAACAAUAAAACAAGAUGCAAUUCCCUACCUGGAAUUUCCCUCCCCCAACCGGAACAACCCCUCCCGGAAACAAUGCUUGGUUUUCUUCAUAACCGGCAACCCAGGCCUAGCAAGCUACUACACGCCCUUCCUCACCCACCUCCGCCACCUCCUCGACACGCUUGAGUCGUCCAACAAGGCCGCCUACCACAUCUACACCCGCAACCUCCUCGGCUUCUCCGACCACGACCACUCCCCCCCCUUUGGAACCACCCUCCCCCCAUCCAACCUCCCAACCCAACCCUUCACCCUCGAAGACCAAAUCAUCUCCCUAACCUCCACCCUUGUUUCCCUCAACACCCCCACCCCCUUCACCUCCUGCAUCCUAAUAGGCCACUCAGUAGGGGCCUACAUAGCAACCGAAAUCUUCCACCGCCACCACCUCACCCCCUUAUCCGCCUUCCUCAACCUUACUUCAGCGAUCCUCCUCUUCCCAACCCUAACCCACAUCGCCCGCUCCCCCUCCGGCCAAAAACUCUCCUUCAUCGCCUCCCAACCCCUCUUGAACUCCUACACCCACAUCCUCGCCAAAUCCAUCAUCAACUGUCUCCCCACCCCCAUUGUUUCCCUCAUCCUCUCCAAAAUAAUGAAACAGCCCCCCCACGCUCUAUCCACCACCCUCAGCUUCCUGCAGAGCCAAGACGGGAUAUGGCAGGCGAUCCACAUGGGCAAAGACGAGAUGUCCACCAUCACCGAAGAGAAGUGGUCUUCCGACCUCUGGCACUUGGCCGACGACACAGAGCACAACGGAGAGAAAUUUUAUUUCUAUUUUGCAAAAAAAGACCACUGGGUCGCCGACGAGGUGAGGGACGCGUUCAUUGAGCGGAGGGAAAAGGACCAGAACGGGAGGACGAAGGCAACGAUUUGUGAAGAGGGAGUGCCGCAUGCUUUUUGUAUACAUCACAGCGAGACCGUAGCGGAAAAGGUCGGGGUUUGGAUCCGAGAGAUUACCGGGUCAUGGACUGACUGAAUGGGGUGCCAGAGGAGAAGCGGUGCCGAGGGGUGAUAGAUGUAAAGACAAACGGUAGAGGGUGGGAGUCAUAGUCACAACAUAGAGGGAAAAAGAUCGGAAAUAUCAACUUCAUCUUCAUCGUUGUCUUGAAGUCUUGAAGUCUCAAAAAUGACCACCUCCCACCAUCUACCACCCCAACAAGCCGACAAACUCCCCCAUCUCUCCACUUUUGUUCCAUUGCCCACACACAAUUCCCUUCAUCAGACACAACAUCUCAUCCUACACAAAACCACCACAGCGGCAUCCACAAGAACAAGACACAACAUGAAACAAAAGUAAUUAUUCUACAGAAAUACAACAAGAAC